CAGCAGAAGAGCCGAAGUCCAACAUAACCUUAAGGUCCUUAUGUGUACGAUGUUUUCUUUGUGGUUGUGAAUGAAAGCUGUCUGUUAAGGAACAAAUUGUUAGUGUCAUAGUCCAUAAACCUCGAUAAUCUGUCUCUUUCCUAUCGCCCGUUUCGAUCACUGUUAAACAGUCAUGUUAAGAGCAGUAAUGUUGGGGAGAGUGUGUGGCUUAGCCUUAAAGGCCAAUAUCAAUGGAACCUUGCGAAAUUCGACAUCCUUCUCAGUCCAAAAAUGGCCAUGUCGGUCACUGUCCCAAAUUUUCAGAAAUGGAAUUAUUGGGAAUGACGAUUUGCCAGAAGCUCCUCCUCUAUCAGUCGAAGACCUGGAUUUCAUUGAUGACCUUGUUGAUCAAGACAAUAACAAAACAUUGCAUAAAAACCGUAUAGACCCUUCAGCCGAGAUAAACACUCCUCUACCUAAAGCCCCUCCAAUCACUUCGGAGUGGGAAGACAUCGUUAAAGAAGCAGAAAAUGAAGACGAAGCGGAAGAAUACGAAGAUAUUGAAGCUGUUCCAUACAUUCCCCCACUUCAAAAGACAAUUAUGAUAGCUGGUGAUACCACACAGGCAAGACGACUUUUUCUCACGGCGUCUGGUUCAGAUGAGCUUUCUGGCACCGUAGAGAGGGAAAGCCAUUUGAUAGAAAACCAAUCAAAUCAGCCAGGAGAAGAUAUAAUGCUUGAUCCCAGGAUGGAGGAAGCAAUUGCUGCAUGGGCACGUGCAGUUGUUCCAACUCCAGCCACAGGUCCUAUGCCUCUACAUGAACUGGCCAAUCGUAGUAAGAAAAUAAAACAGCUGGUCAAACUAGGAGUGGAUUUUUCCAAGAUAGUAAAGCGACACGGAGAUCUUGAAAGGCUACUUCAACUGGACUGGGAAGCCCAAUUAAAACCACAAAUACAGUUUCUUGUGGAUGUUGGAAUUGAUCCUCAAAAUUUAGGAACGUUUUUUACAGUCAACACACCUUUAAUCUGGACUGAUAAAGAUGAUAUUCAAGUGCGGAUUAAUUACUUGGAAGCCAAACAAUUUACCAAAGAAGAGAUAAGCAAAAUUCUUAAUCGGGCACCUAAUUGGCUAACACUUCCGACAAAGGAAUUAGAUUCACGACUGGGUUUUAUUCAGAAAGCCUUCCAACUUAAAGGAAGUGAAAUUCGAGAGGUCGUCUGCAGUUCUCCUAAAAUGGUGUCCUUCGGAAACAAGGCAUGGGCUGUAGUUGUGGACUCAGUGAAACUGAUGGACCGCGAAUUAGGCUUUAACCACUGGGAACGCAAAGAGCUACUAAUGAAAAGAGGAAGCUGCUACACAAAACCAGACACUGUCAGAGAGGCAUUCAAUUAUUGCCACAACCAAAUAGGUUUAAGUCAUACUCAGCUAGUCAAGCAUGCUGGUAUUCUAUUAUGCAGGGUUAGUCGCAUAAAACCACGGUACGAGUUCCUUAAAUUUUUGAAACGUGAUAUUUUUGACUGUGCUGAUCCACUUUAUACUUCACCUGAUUGGUUAUUUAAAGGAACCAUAGAAGAGUUUUGUGUACAAGCUGCCAAGUGCACAUUUAAUGACUAUGAAACAUUUUUGAAAUAUUCAUAAAUUGUGUAACAACAUUGUUUUUACGUUUAUGUUUAGAUUGAUGACUUAUUUAUUCGACUUUUCAUCUGAUCAAUGAGUGAAAACUUUCAUGAUUUACAGAGCUGAAUACAUUGUAAUACAUUGUGUUAUAAAAUAUAGAUUUAUACUGCAUAAA